GGAAGAUGGCGGCCGCAACUGUGCUGGUUCCCGCAGAGUGGAUAAAGAACUGGGAGAAAUCAGGGAGAGGCGAAUUUUUACAUUUAUGCCGGAUCCUCAGUGAAAACAAAAGCCACGACAGUUCGACCUAUAGAGAUUUUCAACAAGCUCUCUAUGAGUUGUCAUAUCACGUCAUUAAAGGAAAUUUAAAGCAUGAACAGGCAUCUAGCAUUCUUAAUGACAUUAGUGAAUUUCGUGAGGAUAUGCCUUCUAUUCUUGCUGAUGUAUUCUGCAUAUUAGAUAUUGAGACAAAUUGUUUAGAAGAAAAAAGCAAGAGAGACUAUUUUACACAAUUGGUAUUAGCAUGUUUGUAUUUAGUUUCAGACACAGUUCUGAAGGAACGUUUGGAUCCAGAAACUUUGGAAUCAUUAGGGCUCAUCAAACAGUCACAGCAGUUCAAUCAAAAGUCAGUUAAAAUCAAGACAAAACUCUUUUAUAAGCAGCAAAAAUUCAAUUUAUUAAGAGAAGAGAAUGAAGGUUAUGCCAAACUGAUUGCUGAAUUGGGGCAAGAUUUAUCUGGAAAUAUUACUAGUGAUUUAAUUUUAGAAAAUAUCAAAUCUUUAAUAGGAUGCUUUAAUCUGGAUCCCAAUAGAGUUUUGGAUGUAAUUUUAGAAGUAUUUGAAUGCAGGCCAGAGCACGAUGACUUCUUUAUAUCUUUAUUAGAAUCUUACAUGAGCAUGUGUGAACCGCAAACACUGUGUCAUAUUCUUGGGUUCAAAUUCAAGUUUUACCAGGAACCAAGUGGUGAGACACCGUCAUCUUUGUACAGAGUUGCAGCAGUGCUUCUGCAAUUUAAUCUCAUUGAUUUAGAUGAUCUUUAUGUACACCUCCUUCCAGCUGAUAAUUGCAUUAUGGAUGAAUACAAACGAGAAAUUGUGGAAGCUAAACAAAUUGUAAGAAAACUCACAAUGGUUGUAUUGUCUACUGAGAAACUUGAUGAACGAGACAAAGAAAAGGACAAGGAUGAUGAGAAAGUAGAAAAGCCACCUGACAACCAGAAGCUUGGUUUGUUGGAAGCCUUGUUAAAGAUCGGGGAUUGGCAGCAUGCACAGAACAUCAUGGAUCAGAUGCCUCCAUACUAUGCAGCUUCACAUAAACUAAUAGCUCUAACUAUUUGCAAGCUUAUUCACAUAACUGUUGAGCCUCUAUACCGAAGAGUUGGUGUUCCUAAAGGUGCUAAAGGCUCACCUGUUAGUGCUUUGCAAAACAAGUUAGCACCAAAACAAGUGGAGAGCUUUGACGAUUUGAGGAGGGAUGUAUUCAACAUGUUCUGUUACCUUGGUCCUCACCUAUCUCACGAUCCCAUUUUAUUUGCAAAAGUCGUGCGCAUAGGCAAGUCAUUUAUGAAAGAGUUUCAGUCAGAUGGAAGCAAACAAGAAGAUAAAGAAAAAACGGAAGUUAUCCUUAGCUGUUUGCUUAGCAUUACUGACCAGGUAUUACUUCCAUCUCUUUCUUUGAUGGACUGCAACGCUUGCAUGUCUGAGGAACUAUGGGGGAUGUUUAAAACAUUUCCCUAUCAGCAUAGAUACCGUCUAUAUGGCCAGUGGAAGAAUGAAACUUAUAAUGGUCACCCACUUUUAGUAAAAGUUAAAGCUCAAACAAUAGACAGAGCCAAGUAUAUCAUGAAGCGUCUAACCAAGGAAAAUGUGAAGCCUUCAGGAAGACAAAUUGGCAAGUUGAGCCACAGCAAUCCAACCAUUUUGUUUGAUUAUAUCUUGUCACAAAUACAGAAAUAUGAUAACUUGAUAACACCUGUAGUAGAUUCAUUGAAAUACCUCACUUCAUUGAAUUAUGAUGUUUUGGCCUAUUGUAUUAUUGAAGCUUUAGCUAAUCCAGAAAAGGAGAAGAUGAAGCAUGAUGACACAACCAUCUCAAACUGGCUUCAGAGUCUGGCUAGUUUCUGUGGUGCGGUGUUCCGUAAAUACCCCAUUGAUCUUGCUGGUCUUCUUCAGUAUGUAGCCAAUCAAUUAAAGGCAGGCAAAAGUUUUGACCUACUAAUAUUGAAAGAAGUGGUACAAAAAAUGGCAGGAAUCGAAAUUACAGAAGAAAUGACAACAGAGCAAUUAGAGGCCAUGACUGGUGGGGAGCAACUAAAGGCUGAGGGUGGUUAUUUUGGCCAGAUCAGAAACACUAAAAAAUCUUCUCAGAGAUUAAAGGAUGCACUAUUGGACCAUGAUCUUGCUCUUCCACUCUGUUUACUUAUGGCUCAGCAGAGGAAUGGAGUAAUUUUUCAGGAGGGUGGAGAGAAACACUUGAAACUUGUUGGAAAACUGUAUGACCAGUGUCAUGAUACUCUAGUACAGUUUGGUGGGUUUUUAGCGUCUAAUCUGAGUACAGAAGAUUACAUAAAGCGAGUGCCUUCAAUUGACGUGCUCUGUAAUGAGUUUCAUACACCUCAUGAUGCAGCGUUUUUUCUGUCUAGGCCCAUGUAUGCACACCAUAUUUCAUCAAAAUAUGAUGAACUUAAAAAAUCAGAAAAGGGAAGUAAACAGCAACAUAAAGUUCAUAAAUACAUUACAUCAUGUGAGAUGGUGAUGGCUCCUGUCCAUGAAGCAGUGGUAUCCUUACACGUUUCCAAAGUCUGGGAUGAUAUCAGCCCUCAGUUCUAUGCUACAUUUUGGUCAUUGACAAUGUAUGACCUUGCAGUUCCACAUACCAGCUAUGAAAGAGAAGUCAAUAAACUUAAAGUCCAGAUGAAAGCGAUUGAUGACAAUCAGGAAAUGCCUCCAAAUAAAAAGAAAAAAGAGAAGGAGCGUUGCACGGCCCUUCAGGACAAACUUCUUGAAGAAGAAAAGAAGCAGAUGGAACAUGUUCAGAGAGUUCUUGAGAGAUUGAAAUUGGAAAAAGACAACUGGCUUUUAGCAAAGUCAACCAAAAAUGAGACCAUCACAAAAUUUCUACAGCUGUGUAUAUUUCCUCGAUGCAUUUUUUCAGCAAUAGAUGCUGUUUACUGUGCUCGUUUUGUUGAAUUGGUACAUCAACAGAAAACUCCAAAUUUUUCAACACUUCUUUGCUAUGACCGAGUUUUUUCUGACAUAAUUUACACAGUUGCAAGCUGUACUGAAAAUGAAGCUAGUCGGUAUGGGAGAUUUCUCUGCUGCAUGUUAGAGACAGUGACCAGGUGGCAUAGUGAUAGAGCCACAUAUGAAAAGGAAUGUGGAAAUUAUCCAGGAUUUCUUACUAUAUUACGGGCAACUGGAUUUGAUGGUGGAAAUAAAGCUGAUCAAUUAGAUUAUGAAAAUUUUCGACAUGUUGUACAUAAGUGGCAUUACAAAUUAACCAAGGCAUCGGUGCAUUGCCUUGAGACAGGCGAAUAUACUCACAUCAGGAAUAUACUGAUUGUGCUAACAAAAAUACUUCCUUGGUACCCAAAAGUUCUAAAUCUGGGUCAGGCUUUGGAAAGAAGAGUGAACAAAAUAUGCCAAGAAGAAAAAGAGAAGAGGCCAGAUCUAUAUGCAUUGGCUAUGGGCUACUGGGGGCUGUUGAAAUGUAGAAAGUCUCACAUGAUACCUGAAAAUGAAUUUCAUCACAAAGAUCCUCCUCCAAGGAAUGCUGUUGCGAGUGUACAAAAUGGGCCUGGUGGUGGGACUUCAUCAUCAUCCCUAGGAAGUGCGUCUAAAUCGGAUGAAAGUGGUACUGAGGAGACUGAUAAACCAAGGGAGAGAUCUCAAUGUGGUACAAAAGCUGUUAAUAAGGCUUCUGGUACCACACCAAAAGGGAAUUCAAGCAAUGGAAAUAGUGGCUCUAACAGCAACAAAGCUGUUAAGGAAAAUGACAAAGAAAAAGUAAAAGAGAAAGAAAAAGAGAAAAAAGAAAAGACUCCAGCUACAACUCCAGAGGCCAGGGUACUUGGUAAAGAUAGUAAAGAAAAACCAAAGGAAGAGCGGCCAAAUAAAGAUGAAAAAGCAAGAGAGACAAAGGAAAGAACACCUAAGUAUGACAAAGAGAAAGAAAAAUUCAAGAAGGAAGAAAAAGCAAAAGAUGAGAAAUUCAAGACCACCAUUCCCAGCAUAGAAUCAAAAUCUACUCAAGAAAGAGAAAGAGAAAAGGAGCCAUCCAGAGAAAGAGAUGUAUCAAAGGAAAUGAAGUCAAAGGAAAAUGUUAAAGGAGGAGAAAAAACACCAGUUUCAGGGUCCUUGAAGUCACCUGUUCCCAGAUCAGAUCUCUCAGAGCCUGAAAGGGAACAAAAACGCCGCAAAAUUGAUACCCAUCCUUCUCCAUCACAUUCCUCCACAGUAAAGGUUAGUAUAGCCUGAGGAAGGCAGCAUCCGUAUUAGGCUCACCUGUUUGGAAUACCAAUGUGUUCUGACUUCGUUCAAGUCUUGUGCCAAGU